GAUUUCAAGUUUCCAUUAACAGUAGUAAUAGUGCACCUAUUCAUGAAGUUCGUUUUGGCGGGAAUAUGCCGUGCCACUUACACUUACGUGACUGGCAUUCCACGUGUGACUCUGCCAUGGGAUGUUUACUGGCGGCGAGUGAUGCCCAGGUGCUUGCGGCCGGCUAUAGACAUCGGCCUCUAGUGGUCACUAGAGUUCAUUACUGUAGCUUUAUACACCAUGUCUAAAUCUACAGCGCUGCUUUUCAUACUAGUGUUUGCAAUAAUUUUCAAGUUGGAGGAAAUGAGGUGGAGUGUUGUUCUCUUGGUCGUCCUAAUUGCUGGAGGGCUCUUCCUCUUCACUUAUAAAUACACCUUGUUCAAUCUCUUCGGAUUUAUUCUUGUUCUAAUUGCUUCCUUGUUGAGUGGUCUGCGUUGGACGUUGUCACAGCUGGUCAUGCAAAAGUCUGAGUUAGGACUAAGUAAUCCCAUUGAUAUGGUUUACCACAUACAGCCUUGGAUGACUGUAUCACUCCUACCUCUUGCAGUUAUUAUGGAAGGGACAGCGAUAGCAGCAAGCGAAUAUGGAUUUAGGUUUACAGAUUCCUCAGAAGCAUUACACAUGUGGGGGAGAGUUAUGUUUGGUGCUGUUCUUGCUUUUUUUAUGGAGGUGUCAGAAUAUCUACUGGUGUGUUUUACUUCAUCUCUUACAUUCUCUAUUUCUGGUGUUGCCAAAGAAAUCAUGACACUCUCUUUGGCAGUUUACAUCUACAAUGAACAUCUUACAAAUAUAAAUGUGUUGGGACUCUUCUUCUGUAUCAUUGGGAUCAUCUUGCAUGUGGUGUUGAAGGCCAUGCACCCACAAAAGCCCCCACCACCGCAGCACAUUCCUCUAACGCCUGCGGAAAAUUACCAAAAGGUCCCCCUUCUCUCUGAAUCUGAUGAUGAGGAGCAAGAGCUCUAUUCCAGGUAGUUUAAAAAUGUGAUAACAGUGGUUGCACAAAAUGACAAGUGAAAUGGUGUCGUGUUCUACUGGAUUCUGAAAUGCUUGUGUUGAAGACUAGUGUGUUUAUAAAUGAUAAAAUUGCCAUGUUGUCAAGUGUUAUGUUUGCAGAAUUUACCUAUUACGGAAUGGUGCGUUAACAAGGUUGUUUCUAAAGGAAAGACAGUGUGGUAAUUUGGUUUUGUGCUUAUAAUUAUGGUGUAUAGUGUUCCAGUGGAUGUAUAGAAACUGUUAAGUACAUGUACAUUCCAGUUUAGCGCUUACAAACUUUUUAUUUCUUUUGUAAUAUAUAUUAUAACAGGUACAUAGAACAAGUAAAUAUAAACAGACUAUUGUGAAUACAUUUUGAGUUAGUCACAAUAAACAAAGUGUUAAUAUCAAUAAAAGUGACAUUUUUA